AAUAACGAGGCAGCACACACACCGCCAGGCUGCGACACACACACACACACACACACACACACACACACACACACACACACACACACACACACACACACACACACACACACACACAUACACACAUACACACACCCGGACACGGAUCGGGGGGACGGGGUUUAGUGAGAGUAGUCUCGUGUUGGUGGAUUAACGCGGUGCCCGGUCUCUCUACCCGGACCAGGCCGACUGCAGCUACUCCUUUUCCCGCAAAUGGCAAGUCCUGUUUCUGAGGGAGGACCCCCGCAGCAUCAGCACCCCCACCCUGGCCCGGACCCCGCGGUCCAGGAGGCUCGGAGAUGGAUCAAGGCCGUGACCGGGAGAAGUUUUGCUGAGCGGGAUUUCAGAGCGGCUCUGGAGAACGGAAUUCUGCUCUGCCAGCUGCUGAGCUGCAUCAGCCCCGGCCUCGUCAAGAAGAUCAACAAACUGCAGACCCACAUCGCUGGCCUGGAGAACCUGUGUGUGUUCCUGAGGGGCUGUGAGGACCUGGGCCUGAAGGGCUCUCAGCUGUUUGACCCCGGAGACCUGCAGGAAACUUCGCCGCGCCCCACCGCCAAGCCGUCAGAAGAAAGCAGGAAGAUAAAUAAUGUCCUGGUGACUCUGUACUGGUUGGGGCGCGCGGCCAACAGCUGCGUGUGGUACAGCGGACCCGCUCUGGACCUGACACAGUUCAGCGGCCUGCUGGCCCAGAUGAGACAGGAGGAGGUCAGCCCAAAGGCCAGCAGCAUCCGGGACAGCGGCUACAUCGACUGCUGGGACUCAGAGCGCAGUGACUCGCUGUCGCCCCCCCGCCACGCCCGGGAGGACUCCUUCGACAGCCUGGACUCCUUGGGCUCGCGCUCCCGCCACACCCCCUCCCCCGACGUCCUGGCGCCCCGCGGCAGCAGUGACGGCCGUGGCUCUGACUCUGAGUCCGACUCCCCGACCCAGCGGAAGGUUCCGGACGUGAGGAAGGACGACAUGCUCGCCCGCCGCACCUCGGUGAGCGAGCCGCGGGCCGCCGUGCCUUUCAACCAAUACCUGCCCACCCGCAGCCAGGCCGCCGCCCACCUGGCCCCCGCCCCCCUCCAGGCCGCCGCCCACCUGCCCCCCCCGGGCCACCUCCCCGGCCCGCUGCGGCGCCGGAGGGGCGACCAGGAGGAGGUGCCGCGUAGCAGCUGGAGCACCACCUCCUCGCCUGUAGGGGGCGACAGACCGCUCAGGAGUGUGAGUAUGAUUGACAUGCGUGGCGAGGAGGUGGGGCUUCAGCCCCACUGCCAGGCACGCCACGAGGGGAUCCACAGCCAGUACCACCGCAUGAAGGACGACGACGACCACUGGCAGGAUGACCUGGCGCGCUGGAAGACGCGGCGGCGCAGUGUGUCUCAGGACCUGAUGAGGAAGGAGGAGGAGAGGAAGAGGAUGGAGCAGCUGAUGUCAGGCGGCGGGGCAUCCGCCCAGCGCAGGAAGAGCAUCAAGACGUACCGCGAGAUCGUGGAGGACAAGGAGCGUCGGGAGGAGGAGCUACGCCUGGCCUAUCGCAGCGCCCGUUCCCCCGAGGAGGCGGCGGUGGUGCUCCAGCGCUACACCCAGCGCUUCUCCAUCAGCGAGGCCGUGAUGGAGCGGCUGCAGCUGCCCAAACUCCUGGACCACGGCCCUGCCUCCCCCCUCUCCCCUCUCUCCCCCCUCGGCCCCGCCCACGACUCCGACGGACCAAUGAGGUUCCUGCGGCAGCAGUCGGCACCGGCGCCUCGCUUCACCGCCACGGUGGAGGCCCGGGUGGAGGAGGUCCCCCGAGGCUCCUCCCCCUCCUCGCCCCCCCACCGCCCGCAGAUUCGCUCGCGGUCCUCGGAGCCCCCCUGCUCACGCGCCCCCCUCUCCCCUGAAGCCGGGCCCCUGCUGAGCCCCCGGCCCCUCCCCAGGGCCCCCGCCUCCCCCUCCAGACCCCGGGGAUCAGGACCCUCUGGAUCUCCAGGACCCUCUAGAUCUCCUGGUUCUCCAGGACCCUCAGCAGAACCAGGACCUGUGAGUGGGAAGGCGGACAUUUUGAAGCUCGUCACCGGAGACACAGGAAAUGAUGUCGCCCUCAGCACGCCAACAGAUUCUCCUUCGCACCUCCAACCCUCCCCCUCCCGACCACUGCCUCUCCUCCCCCCUUCACCCACCCCGGCCACGCCUCCCCGGGCCACGCCUCCCCGGGCCACGCCCACCAUGGACACGCCCACAUUGCCCUCGCCCGCCUUGGCCCUGCCUGUCGCCAUCCAGGGGCCUCCACAGCCCGGUCCUGGAGCCCGGAGCCUCGCCCCCCUGGGCCCCGCCCCCCCGGGCAGACCCAGCUCCGCCCCCACGGAGCAAGGGGAGCUGAGAGGAGGCGGAGAAACUGCUGACCAUCUGAAGAGGGAGGAGCCAAAGGCUGAAGCUCCGCCCCCAGAACCUCAGAACACGUCCAUGGAACCGACGCAGACUCCCAAACCAAACACCCCCCCUCUCGUCCAAUCAGAGCCUAGUGUGUGUCUGCAGCCCAGCGGCUCGCUGCCCGAUUGGUCCUACGCAUCAGACGGUCUUCCAGAUGUCUCCGUCUCCCUCGGUUACAGCUCUCCCUCUGCCACCAGAACAGAGCUCCUAAACAGUGUGAGUUCCCGUCGGGAGUUCUUCCUCUCGCCAGAUGGCAAGGAGCAGGGUCGCCAUAGCAACGGGCCCCCGGGGACACUCCGAGGGGAGCGGGGGCCCUGGGACCCGGAGGACGAGCGGCGGAGACAGGAGAGGUGGCAGCAGGACCAGGACCGGCUGCUGCAGGAGCAGUAUCUGCGGGAGCAGGAGCGACUGAGGGGGGAGUGGGAGAGAGCCCAGAAGGAGGUGGUGGAGGAGGAGCUGAAGUACCACCAGGAGGAGCGUAAGCUGCUGCAGGAGACUCUGCCCCCCCUCACCUCCCCCCUGCCCUCCCUAGCCUCCCCCCUCGCCUCUCUCCCCUCCCCGCGCCGGGGGAUGCAGAACCCGCGACCACCACAGGGGGUCGCUGCCCCCUCGCUGAGCAGCUGGGAGAACCAGGAGAGACAGUCGGUUGGAAGUGAAAACUACAGAACGAGUGACAUCAGCACAGCAGACGAUAGCAUGAAGACCGCCAAGAGCUCUUUCAGUCUCAACAGCAGCCAAUCAGAAGCUGUCCACCAGGCUAUGCAAAACGGACAAAAGGCCUUGCCUCAAGCCCCGCCUCAAGCCCCGCCCACAACCAUGGCCCCUGCCAGAAGCCCCGCCCACAGCGAGAAGCAGGAAGAGGUCCUGGACUGUAGCACCCCCAGCAAACCCAAAGGAGACCGCAGGUCGGUGAGUGGCCGGAAGCUGUGCUCCAGCUGUGGGCGGGCCUUAGGGAAGGGCGCGGCCAUGAUCAUUGAGACGCUCGGACUCUUCUUCCACAUCCAGUGUUUCAAGUGCGGGGUGUGUCGGGGUCUUCUCGGGGACACCACCACGGGAACGGACGUCCGGAUCAGGAACGGACUCCUCAACUGCCACCAGUGCUACAUCCGCUCCCGCUCUGCUGGUCAGCCGACCACCUUGUGAUGUACUGGAGACCAAAGAUGUCCUCCUCAUUCACCUCCUCCAAUGGUUCACCUGUUUGGCUCCCUCUGCAGGGCAUGGGCCAAUCAGAAUGGGUGGUAAAAGGUUUCAAGACUUGCCAUGUAUAUGUUAUCAUAUAUGUUCAUGAAAUCUCAGCCAAUGGAUGUGACUCCUGCGUGUGACAUCACAGAAUCUCCCCUGUUCGACCAAUCAAGAGACUGCAUCAGAUCUGACCAACGAAUCAACUUCAUGAGGUGUCUGUAAGACCCUCCUUAUAGACAACUGCUCUAUAUAGAGGAUCCUUAUAGACAACUGCUCUAUGUGGAUCCUUCUAGAAUACUGCUCUAUAAUACCUUAUAGACUACUGCUAUAUAUGGAUCCUAAUAGACUACUGCUCUAUGAUAGAUCCUUAUAGACUACUGCUCUAUGAGACCGUAUGGACUAUUGCUCUAUAGAGGAUCCUCAUAAACUACUGCUCUAUAUGGAUCCUUAUAGACUACUGCUCCUUGAUAGGUCAUUAUAGACUACUGCCCUAUUAAAGGAUCCUUAUAGACUAGUGCUCUAUGAGAGGAUCUUUAUAGACCAUUGCUCUGUAUGGAUCAUUAUAGAAUACUGCUCUAUAGAGGAUCAUUAUAGAAUACUGCUCUAUAGAGGUUCUUUCUAGAGUUGUAGUCCUUAUGUGUCAAAUUCAAAGGUUUUAUUCCUGGUCCCAAAGAGCAACGUAAAGAUGAGCAGAAAAUAACUGAGUAUAUAAUCACUGGUAUCCAGGUCUUAGAGAUAUUGUUAUUCUAAUCUAGAGGUUUUGAUUUGUAUGUUAAGGAUUUCUUUACGCGUAAACUCUGACUUUGAUUGGCUUUAGUUAAGUGGCUGUUCCUUCUGUCUCCUGAUGACCCCAACGAGGGACGUCUGAGCUGCGUUUGACCUUUGAACUUUGACCUUUUCACCUUACUGACCCAUGCAGUAAACAGGCCUUGGCUGCGGUAUUUUGCUUGAGAUAAGUAAAUAUUUUGUAUUUAUGAUGAUGCUUCGUCGAUAGAGCAAUAACAUAUUUACCAUUUUUGUUAUUGUAUUACUUUAUAUCAAUAUAAAGCAUAUUUUUAUCCUUAUUAUGGAAUCAUGAUGUACGACUUAUGCAAAUGUCCUGCUCGUUAAACACCACCUGAUUGGCCGGCCGGUCAGCGGGGGACUUAACGAGGAGCGAGUAACGAGGAAUGAGUAACGAGGAGUGAGUAACGAGGAGAGAGGAGUGAGUAAAGAGGGGUAACGAGGGGCGGGUAAUGAGGAGAGAGGAGCGAGUAACGAGGGGCGAGUAACGAGGGGCGAAUAACGAGGAGCGAGGAGGGUGGAGCGAUAGCGUAAAUGUGCCUUAGGGUUAGCAGGACAGAGCUAGCUGGUCUCUCAGAUCGGGGGGUCCACGCGGAGCCCCCGUCUGGUCGGUCCUGAGGAUUUUCAUCCUCAUUUUCACACUAAAGAAAUUGCCGAAAUUAAAUAUUAUCGAAAUGGGUUUCAUUUUAAAUGUUGUUUAAUUGCACCGCAGCUGUUUUUCGUGUUUGUUGAAAUUGCAGAUUUUAAUAUGAUGCCGUUAAAUAAUCAGCCGACGCGUUCGUAUGAUUUAACGGCAGAAGUAAUAUCGGCCAAGCGGCACUCGCACCGCUGGGCUGGGAUCUGUGGCAUCGCGACACACUCUGGUCCAGAUGUUCUGGUGCUGAGGCUGUAUGCAGAAGCACGUUGAGCCCACACCGAACGGCCCUCCGCUCCCCGUCUCUCCAGUAUUCCUGCGCUCUUCCCAUUUGUAUUCUUCUUUAGCUUCUGGUUCGGAUGUUGCUGAGGCUUCUGGGUAGGAUCCGUGGCUGGGAAUGAGCUGGUAUUUAUUGUCUUAUGCACCCGAGGACUUUCCCAAUAAGAGCAGGUCAAAUGCAGCGGAAUUUCUAGCAUAAUGUAUGUUUAUAAAUAAAAUGUU